GAAGAAAUAUGCUACACGUCAGAUUUUGUGGUUAUACCCGCUGAUUCAAACAUAUUUUAAUUAUUUAAAAAAAUGGUUUCAAUCCUUAAUUCUAUCGACACUGGUCAUGAAGACAUGAUUCAUGACGCAGAAGUGGAUUAUUAUGGGCUGCGUUUAGCAACGUGUUCUUCAGAUAAUAGCGUAAAAGUAUACGACAUAAAAAGUGGGGCAUCAACUCUGAUAGACGAUUUGAAGGGACACUUUGGCCCCGUUUGGCAAAUUGCUUGGAGUCAUCCGAAGUUUGGAAAUCUCCUAGCAUCGUGUUCGUAUGACAGGAAAGUUAUCAUAUGGAAAGAGCAGCAAAAGAAAUGGGGAAAAUAUUAUGAGUAUGCCAACCAUGAUUCAAGUGUCAAUUCAGUACAAUUUGCUCCUUCGGAAUUAGGACUGAUCCUUGCUUGCGGUAGUAGUGACGGUUCCAUUUCUGUUAUAACAUACAGUGCAGAAACUAAUAGCUGGGAUGCCAAGAAAAUCCAAAAUGCACAUGCUAUUGGCUGCAAUGCCGUAAGCUGGGCGCCGGCAAUUACACCUUUAUUUGGUAGCAAUGAAGGCGACCAUCAGUCUCAACCUGUGAAACGUUUGGUGUCGGGAGGUUGUGACAAUUUAGUUAAAAUUUGGAGGGAAGAUGGAGAUCGUUGGAUAGAAGAAUCAAAAUUAGAAGUACAUUCUGAUUGGGUUAGAGAUGUCGCUUGGGCUCCUUCUGUAGGAUUACAUCGUUACACCAUAGCCAGUUGUUCGCAAGACCGUCGAGUAGUUAUCUGGACCAGUAACGACUACAUUAACUGGAAUUCCACAGUUUUACAUACUUUUGAUGAUGUUGUUUGGAACGUAAGUUGGUCGCUCAAUGGAAAUAUUUUAGCAGUCUCGGGAGGAGAUAAUAAAAUUACAUUGUGGGAUCAGAAUUCAGAAGGUGCCUGGCAAUGUAUUAGUGACGUAGCGAAAGGCCAAGGACAAAUAAAUCAUUAAUAUUUGGAAAAGUAUCUUGGGAAGAACAAGGGAAUUUUCAUGUUACUAUAAGGUACACAAAUUUUUUGGACAUUUAAAUUGUUAUUAAAAUAUUGAUAAUCUUUCAUAAAAUAAUGAUUUCUUAAGGUAGAGUCUGUAGGAUACUAAAAUAGAAUGUUACAUCAUUGAAUGUUAUUUUAUUUGUUAUACAUUCACAAAAUAAACAAAUUAAAAAACAGCUACAACGUUGUUAAAUAUAUUGUAACCUUUUUAAUAUCACUAAAUAUUGUAUUGUUUUUAUGAAAAAAUAGAACUAAUUAUAAUAGAACCGAAA